AUGGCUAAGGAACUUACGUCCAAGGCACAUGAGGCUUUCGUAGACGGCGACUUGGAAAUUGAUGUGGACUUGUAUUCCAAAGUCAUUGAAUUGGAUCCUAAUUGCGCCGAUUUCUUCGCCGAUCGUGUUCAAGCUAACAUCAAACUCCUAAACUUCACUGAGGAAGCCCUUUUAACACCUGCUCUGUCUCCGGUAACUCCCCAAUCAAAAUCUCUCCGUCCCGGUAACCCCCAUCAAAAUCUCAACAAUCCGGUAACAGCUCACCUACCAACUACACUGCGAAACUCAACAAAAACCAGACAUGGCUGCAUCUUCGCCAAUUAA